CUGGCGUGACCCAGUACAGGAAUUGCUGAGCCAGGGAAAGAUGCUCGGGAGCCAGUGGAAACGUGGCCUUUGUUUUCAUGAUCCGCAGCAGGAUAACGUGGAUAAGGCGGAAACUGGGAGCAUGGAGCAGCCCAGGGUGCUUCUGGUGGGCACAGGAGCCACAUCCCGGCCGUGGGGCUGGUUUCCUCCCAACAAACACCCUCCCCAUCCCUCUUCCACUUUCUUUGGUGCUGUGGGUUCAGGCGCUCACCAAAUGGGGAAGGAAAAGGGGCCUGAUGUUAUCCUGAGGAAGCGUGAGGGAGCCUUGGCCUUGCUGAUAACCUGGCAAUGGGAUUCCCUCUGCAAACCUUCUCCUUCUCCAUGGAAAUAACCACCCUGGAUGGGGGAAGCACCCUUCACCUGCAUGGAGGGGAGGUCUGGUCGCUGGGUCCAGCAGCUCUGAGCCAUCCUCUCCCACUUGGUCUGAGCGCAGUGGGCAGAGCCCUUGCCUGUCUCUUUCUCCCGUUGCCCCAUGGAUUUGGGGUGGGUUUUAAAGCAGGUUUUCCUCGAUUGUUUCAACAGGAAGUUCCUUUGGGAACGGCUGCAUCAGCGCUGCAUAGGAGGGACAAGUUGGAUCUGUUUGGGGCACACAGGGGAGAGGAAGAGUUUUACCUCGUCCAGAACAGCAAUAUCUACUGCAGGAAAUGCGCUGCGGGCACCUACGUUGCAGAACACUGUAAAGAGCAGAAUGGCUUCAGCAAGUGUUUGCCCUGUAGAGACAAUGAAUACAUCGAGUACCCCAAUGACCUCCCCGUCUGCUUUGUCUGCCGGACGUGUCGGGAAGAUGAGGUGGAGCUGAGUCCCUGCCGAGCCACCCAGAACACGCGAUGCGCCUGCAGGAACGGCACCUUCUGCUCCCCGGAGCACCCCUGCGAGAUGUGCCAGAAGUGCCAGCCCCGGUGUCCCAAGGGCGAGGUGGAGCUGGCUCCCUGCACAUCAUCCAGCGACCGCCGCUGCGGGCCUCCCACCACCACCAUCCCCAGCCUCUCCACCAGCUCGAUCGUGAUCAUCUCAGUGAUGGUAACCGGGCUCUUCGUGGGGCUCCUCUGUCUCUGGAAGUACUGCUGCUGCCAUUCCACAGGGGACAGGAGAGACCUGAGCGGGAAGCCCUGCAACGUGAUGGACCACGCAGCUCAGCUGGUUUGUGUUUCUCUCUGGCUGCAGGACUACCUGCUGCAGCGGGUGAUCAGGUUCCGGAGCAGGAACCUGGGCAAUCAGGACAACAGGCUCAAUGAGAUUUUCCCUCAGGAUCCACUGCUCCCCAGUACCCCAGGACCGGUGACUCCCAGUGCUCCGGGAGCAGAGGUGCUGGUGCCGGGGAGCUCGCAGCCCACUGGGAAACCCAGGAAGAAACUGGUUCCAGUAGAAGGAGCAGAGCCUUAUACCCGUUUGCAAAGCAGCUUCUACACCUUUGCCCAGAAGGUGCCCCACGACCACUGGAAGAGGUUCGGGCGAGCCCUGAAUCUGCUGGAGAACGACAUUGCCCUGGCAGAGAAGGAGAGCGGGCUGGAGAUGCUGAUCGAGAUGCUCAAGAAGUGGCAGGAGAAAGGAACGAUCGACACGUCGGUGAACACGCUGCUGGACACCCUGCACCACAUCAGCCUCGGCGGCGUUGCCGAGGACAUCGCCUUCAAGCUGGUCAAGGAGGGAUCCUUCCAGUAUGAAGUGAGCUGAGGAGCAGGGCAAGCCCUGCAUCUCCCUGCUUCGAGCUGAGGCCACACGUACCUCUAAGAACACUGGAGUUUUAUCUUCCUAUAGCUCUGCUGUGGCUCUUCGGUAGCCAUCGCACAGCCGGAGCCAGGAAUGGUCCUCUCAUGAAACGCAAACCUCGUGGUCCUCUCUGCUGAAGCCAUGGGCUCCAUGGUGCUUCCUUAUGGAAUCCAAGACGGUGCUUGGGGUUCAGUGGGUCAAUGCAAAGAGCCCUAAACUCUACUGCAAGCUGCCUCUGGCAUGGUCUCACUUGGGAACUCUGGUACUAUAUGGAUGCCUUCAGGACCAGUGCAGAGAGGGCAGGAUGCAGGCAUCCCCGUGGCUUUUAACUGGAUCAUCCUUUUGGAGGGGGUUCCUGGCAUCAUGCAAUGGCUUCUGCUCGUAGGACGUUUCUAAGCUGGCCAGCAAGCUCAAUACUGUACGUUCAGUGGGCAAGCAUUAACUGGGUUCUGGGGUUACCUUCUCAAAGCUGUUCACCGAACGCAUUGUAGGUGGCAGUGCUUCUGCUUGCUGCGAGGAAUCAGCUUGAAACUGGACUCUGAGGAGAGAAUGGGAAUGGUUUACAAUGGUGAUCCCUGGGGUUGCAGGCUCUGCUGUCCCUGUCUCCUCCAGCUUGGAAAGAUGAAUGCACUGAGGUCCGAGCAUGACUGUGGGUACCGGCCAUCCAUCCUCCAGCAGGAUGGGCUGCUGCUCACUGUGCCUCUUGCUCUGGCUCUCACCCAUCGCUCAGGGACAACUUGGCUGGAAAACACAACUACUGCGUUACUGGAGCUGGUGUGUGCUGCAUCCCAGUACAACCCAGCCCAUCAGGACCUGUCCUCCCCUGUGUGCUGGGAGAGCAUGAGGGGCAUCACCAACCCCUCUCUGGUGUCCCUCCCACUGCUGCCCAUUCUCCCCAACACUUAAAACCCCAAAAACGAUCAAGCACAAGCAGCAAGGUUGUAUUUAUGUAUUUAUUAAGUAAUGUAAACCUGUACAGAUCUUAACUUAAAAGCGAAUAUAAAAAUAGUGUUGUUUCUUUAUGCAUGGGUGUGUUUUUAUACAGAGCUCUGGCCCAGCCAGUUUCUUAUGUCCAGUUUUUACAUGUCUCUUUAUCAAGGAAGAAUAAACGUUUAAAAAAGC